AUGGCAGACACCUGUUUUUCUGGGCCCUGUGUUCCCACAUCCUCAGCCAUCUCCGUCUGCUCCAGUGAUGUGAGCUGUGGCAGCAACAUCUGUCUGCCCGGUUCUGACACAGGCUCCUCCUGGCAGCUGGAUGACUGCCCAGAGACCUGUUGUGAGCCCAGCAGCUGCGGCCCAUGCUGCACACCAGCCUCCUGUGUGACCCUGGUGUGCCGCCCAGUCUGUUGCAUGCCCGCCACCUGCCAGCCAGCCUGUGAACCCAGCACCUGCCAGUAUGUCUGUACCUCCUCCGGCUCUCCAUCAUGCUGCCAGCAGUCCUGCAGCCAAGGCCCUAGCUGUGCUGCCUCUCCCUGUGCUGCACAGUCCUGCUCCUGUGUCCCACUCUGCUGCAAGCCCAGCCGCUACAUCACCCUGCCUGUAUGCUGCAAGCCGAGCUGCUGUGUGACCACAGCCUGUUGUCCAGCCUCCUCCUGCUGCCAACCCAGCUGCUGCCGCCCUGCCUCCUGUGUGUCCCUCAUCUGCAGACCCGUGUGCAGACCAGCCACCUGCUGUGUGCCUCUCUCCUGCAGACCCUCCUGCUGCACCACCACAUCCUCCUCCUCUUGCUGCUGUGCACCCUCCUGCUGUCCAGCCCCCACCUACUGCCGCCCUUCCUCCUCUGUGUCCCUUCUCUGCCAGCCCACCUGCUGCAAACCCACCUGCUGCACUACCACCUGUGGCCAAAAACUUUGCUGUUGA